AUGUUGCUCUCUCUUCCAGCGGAGAUCCUUCAUCUCAUCCUCUCAAACCUUGAACGGUACGAUUUAAAACGAGUAUGUGAGGUCUCGAAGGCUCUACGUUCAUUUGCAACACCAUUUCUUUACCACUCCUUGACGAUAUGGUUGGCGCGCGAAAGAGACGAAUACCAAUCCGAACGGCUGCUCAGGGUGCUUCACUCUUUUUUGAACAUCCCGCCCGACCAGCCUAAUCCUUUACAAUUCGUCCGAAGCCUUGAAUUUCUCCCAGUUGCCCGCGAUCGAACCUUGGGAUGUACCUCGUACAAUGUGCACACGGAAACGCACCCUGACCCUGCAUUCCCCUUACCAACGCCAUAUCGGAUCGGGCAAUCUUUCCGUCAGGAGUUUUGGGAAUUUGAUGCUGGGAUCGGAUGGAAACUUGGCAUCUGUACACCGAAGAUACCAUUAAAUUUGUACCUUGCCACAAAGCAGAAACGAAUCGAGGAGAUCUGGUUGAAAACCGACCCGGGUUGCGCCAAUGCUCUCCCACAUGAUGGCUAUUUCCCGCUUACUGCAUUCAAGUCUCUGCGACUGCUAUCAUGGACAGGUAUCACAGUUCAACAGAGACUAACAGCCCUUAGAUAUUGGUUUCUCUCUGACUUGAGGCAUAUUACGGUAUUAGAGUUGGGUUUUCGAUCAUGGAAGGAUUCGGUCGCUCUCAAACCCCUCAUCAAUGAAGGUGCUCCGGCGCCUUCCACCGCUUACUGCUGUUUCUGCCUCCUAGAUCUGGAGCCUGGCACGAGAAGGUGUAAAUUCCCUUCUCUUCUGAACCUGAAGUUGGAGUGCGUGCUGUAUCAUCGCGGACUCGAAGUGGAAUGUGCGUAUUCUAUGAACUUCCAAAAGUUGAAGAGACUCAGUCUAUGGAGGUGUCCAUGUGUAACACGACUGCUUAAAGAAUUGGUCGCCAACAACUUCCCAAUCCAGCUCAGCUUUCUCGAACUCUGCGACCGUUCUACCGGUGAUUCUCAGGUAGACAUAGAUGUGUUAGUCAGUUUUCUCCGGUCCUUCUGUGGUCUGGAAACGUUAUGUCUUUUCCUUGAUCACCAGAGCCGCGGCUUUGCAAAAUGCGUUCAAGCGAUCGUCCAUCAUGCAGACACCCUCAAAAGCCUGGUCUAUGAUGUCCAGUCACUUUACCGCAGUAAACUUACCGCCUCAAAGCCAUCGUUAAUCAAGGCCUUUAUUCAGCACCCUCUUGAGGUGCUAUUUGGCAAGCCUAAGCUUGAGCGUCUCGUACUCUUUUCCUCCGUCAUAUACUUGAGGAGACAUAAACUGAGCCAACUUCCUGGAGCCAAAUCCCUUAGAUUUCUCUAUGUCAGAGAAUUUCACAGCGUUAUAGGCGAUAGAUUUAAUUUAUUUUUGGCACGACAGGCAGGGCAACUUCAUGAUUCAUCUUUUCCUUGUGCCCCUUUGCGCAGAGGAGUCGAGCCCAGUAGCAUGUGCCACUAUGGGGACAGGACACGGCGAGAAUUUGUGCAGUGGGCAUUUGGACCAGAAGGCUUUCCCGCUCUUGAAGUCAUUGCUGUUGGAGAGUUUUCGCGGAGGAAACCCAAGGGAUUCCUUUUCGGCAGAAAUGCCUCAAGCCAACGGCUUGAUGAGCAGGGUGUACCCGAGAGAACGACCCUAUUCGGAAACACGAUAAAACCUUCGACGUUUAUAAUUUUAAGUCGAUCUAGCAGGAUUGUCCAGCCAUACCUAGGUUUUCUUCAAGCAUCACAUAACGGAACUGAUCUUUUCUACCAGUGA